GAUCAGUGACUCUUGAAGGUAUUGAAAAUUUGAAGACUAACAUAGCCGUGAUUCAGUGCAACCUUGAGAAGAUAUUUCCUCCAUCAUUUUUUGAUGUUAUGGAGCAUCUUGUUAUUCACCUGGCAAGAGAAUUGGAACUUGGUGGUCCUGUGCAGUAUAGAUGGAUGUAUCUGUAUGAACGGUAUAUGUUCCAUUUGAAGAAGAUGGUGAAAAAUUUAAGUAAGGUGGAAGGUUCUAUAGUUGCACAGAUGAUCAAUGAAGAAACUUCAAACUUUGCCGAGUACUACUUUCCAACAGAAGUGCAGACCAAAAACAGAAGACCUGCUCGGCAUGAUGAUAGAGGCGAACGGGCAACAUAUCAUGUUACGGUUCCAGACAUCUUCACAGAUGUUGGACGACUUAGCGGAAAACCAAAGGACCGUCGACUUACUGAGCAGGAGCGCAGUCAUUUGCAAACAUAUUUGCUCACCAACUGCGAAGAUAUUCUUCAAUAUGAGAGGAUUUUCAUGGCAGAAAAGCGGUUCGAAUAUAGAUACGCCACAGAGGAGGCUCUAGAAGAACUGAAGCAGAGAGAAUUUGCUGGAUGGAUGCUUACUUAUGUGUCUGCUGGUAUGGCCAGAGGUGAAACAUUUGAUGAUUGGAUACGCGAGAUGGUGCGUGGACCAAAGUAUGUUGUGAAGUCAUAUCCGAGAUUUUGUACUCGAGGAUAUGCAUUCACAACGCAAAAGAGGAGACGUUCGAGCACGACUUAUGAUGCUGGCGUUUGUUCUGCAUCAGGAGAUGAUGUAUACUACGGAAACAUACAAGAGAUUAUGGAAAUCAAGUAUCCGGGCAUGGUUGGAUUGCGUUGUACUGUUUUCUUUUGUGAUUGGUACGACAACACUCCAGAUCGAGGUGUGAGAACAGAUGCAUUUGGUGUUACAUCAGUACAUUCGAGGCGAAAGCUGCAAUAUUAUGAUCCUUUCAUUCUUGCUUCUCAGGCCGAUCAGGUAAUUAAAUAUACAUAUGUCAAUUAUUCAGAAUGAUUCAUCAUCAUGUGUAUUAUUCAAAUUAUUUUUAAAUGUUACAGGUUUGUUAUAUCAAGUAUCCCCGGGUUAGGAACAGAGAUGAUCCAUGGGUCACCGUUACAUCACUCAACCCGAGAGGCCGAGUUCAGGGAAGUUCUGAGCUGGAAGACCCACUACAACCAAGCACAUCUGGCAACUUAAGUGCAGCAGAAGAUUUAGCUGCAGUUGGCCUUGUAGUCGAUUUAACCGAUUUCGCAGAGGAAGCCGUCGUUCACGUAGAGGAUGAACCAGAGAUUGGAGAGUUUCACCAAGAUCCAGAUUCAGAAUCAUCUGGUGAUGAUGACUCCGAAACAGAGUAGCAUCGCCUUUUUUUUUUUUUU